AAAUACAUGAAACAAUCAAUUCUGGAUACCAUCGGCAUGGUAAACAACUGCGACUACGCUUCACUGACAAUUUUUAACAAGAUAUAGUACCUUCGAAAUGAUUAUCUGAGAAGAUAUUUCAAGAUGAACUUAAGAGAAAUGUCAGGGUGACGUAGACGCAGUAGUUUACUAACGCACUCGUUGGAGUCAUGUGUAAUUUCACUGUAUGUUACUUGCGACUCUGCACUCCCCAAAAGCCAUGUAUUAGUGUAAUAGAUAAAGAUUUAACAGAUGGAAAUGAGAGGUUGAAAGCUCAGUGUGUGAUUCUUCAAAUUUACAGUUUACAUGUGAGCGAGAAAUCGAUCUUAGUAAUGGCAUCUUCAGAAGAUGAGUGCCAAAUUUGUUAGAUCAUCAUUAGUCUCCUCUCUU